AUGCUGACAAAGAAUCCACCACAAUGGGCAAAACGACAAACUGAAGCGGUCAAAAGGCUAAAGAUAGAGAUACAGAAGCAACCAACUUUACAGAUUCCCUCCACAGGAACACGAAUCUUGCAGACAGACGCAAGUGAUAAAUACUGGGGGGCAAUACUAAUUGAAGAGAUAGAUGGAAAAAGACAAAUUUGUGGAUACAGAAGUGGGCGCUUCAAAGAUUCCGAAAUGCACUAUCACUCCACGUUCAAAGAAAUUCUGGCGGUCAGGAAAGCAAUUGAAAAAUUUGAGUUUCACUUGAUAGGACACAAAUUUCGCAUCGAAAUGGAUAUGUCUUCCUUUCCGAAAAUGUUACAAUUCAAGCAAAAGAUGGUCCCACACCAGCAGUUAUUGCGAUGGAGUGAAUGGUUCUCGAAGUACGACUUUGAAUCCUUCUAUUUAAAGGGCAAAAAUAAUACUCUUGCAGACAUGCUCAGCAGAAAUCUGCCCAAAGAAAUUCAUCUAAUUACGAGCUCCUCGACAUCAAAUAAAGAUUUUGACAGCAACAUGCCCGAAGACGCUCAUCACCUGAUCAAGACAAAAUCCCUGCACGAGCGCCUUCAUCAUAAGAUCUUCCAAUACCAGUCCAUUAUUCUAUGCAGAAACGGAAUCAACUAUCGCUACAUAGCACCGAUGGGCAUUAACCCAGACUAUCCUUUUGCUCAUCUCUUCAGAAUCAAAAACACGAACAUGCUAGAAGAAGUCUUAUGCUCAGUUUACACCAUCGGCAUCACAUUCGACAUUGGAUGGCUCUACCAACACAUCAACGCACAACAAGGUCAAAAGGAUUGCCUCUCAACUUUCCUGACAUGGUUUACAUACUUAUCAAACUGGAUCGGAAACUUGAGAAGAUCAGCAAAAGCAACAAACUUACCAUUCAAGAAACUAAAAGGUCAAUGA